AGAUGGGACAAAAGACACAUCUAGCGUUCCUUUUUAUAGCGCUGUUGGCCACGUUCGCGUUGGCUGCAGAAGACAGCUCGUCCUCCUCUGAAGAAUUUAAAGAAAUUGAAGCAGUCAAACAACUUCUUUUAUUCGCGGUCGAGAAUCUUUCCCGCAUAACUGAAUAUGUAGCAGCUGAGGGAAAAAUUAUAUUUGAAAAAGUCGUACAGGAAUUGUCGCCUCUCCAGGAAGGAAAUGAAGAACUUCGUAUUAAGCUCCUUAAUUUCACGGAAUUCAUCGAAGAUGCUGGCAAGUUGAAGCCACGGGAAGAAGGUCAACCCUUCGAGCUGGAAUCGUAUAUGCUUUUUGUCACCUUGUUCGAAAUUGUGAAUGCAUAUAAUACCACCGAUAACGCAGUGAAACCGACCCUUGAAACAUCACUCAUAUGGGCCUCUAUGACAAAGAACGGCUUAGAUGCUAUAGAGAAUGGACUAAAAACACGUUUUUCGGUCUACUUCAGCGAAUUCGAUAAAAAGUUUAAAGAGUUCGACAGUUCGCUUACUCCAACGGAGCGCCAAGAAAAUAGCAAGAUCUUUGUUUGGUAUAACAGUGUUAAGAACGCACCCACCCUAGUAGAAAAAGCAAAUAAGUUUUUGGGGUACUUGUUUCAAUAUUUAUAAUACUAGCUAACAGAAAACAUGUGCAAUAACUGGGUAAUCGUAUCAUAUAUGUAGAUACAUUUGGAUAUUUUUCAAUCAAUAAAAGCAUAUUCAAUAAAGGAA